CGUCGUGACGCUGCUCGGACGUCGAAGCUGCGCGGAAAUGAUGCGGACCUUGUCGCUCAUCAGCUAAUCUGUGUCGGUGAUGCAGAAUGUCACUGAGCGUUUUAGAACUACGGUAGCGGUUCAAAAAUCAAACAUAUAGCUUGGUGUAGUCUUUAAUCGGGUUGUGAGAUGGAUCCGUCCCGAAGGAGCGAGAGUGACUGGCAGGGGCUGCUGAACGAGUUCCUGGUUUGUAAGCGUAAGUUGGAGAGUAAAAAAGAGGCUCUCCUGAUUCUGUCUAAAGAGUUGGACACCUGCCAGCAGGAGAGGGAUCAGUACACGCUGAUGGCAAACCAGCUCCGUGAACGCCACCAGGCUCUGAAGAAGAAGUACAGAGAGCUCAUUGAUGGAGACCCCUCUCUGCCUCCUGAAAAAAGGAACCAAGUGAAUUUAGCUCAGCUGCUGAGAGACUCCAGAGAAAAGAGCGGCCAACUUUCUGAGGAGGUCAAGGAGCUCAAACAGAGGCUGGUGGAGGCUCAGGGUGAUAACAAGCUCUUACGGAUGACGAUCACCAAACAGAGGCUGGGAGACGAGGAGGUCGGUGCUCGACACUUCCCUGCACAUGAGAGAGAAGAUCUGGUCAGACAGCUGGAAAGAGCAAGAGAACAGAAUGAGGUGUUGGAGCACAGCGUGAAGUCGCUCACAGACGAGCUGCAGGACGUGCGAGCAGAGCGCGACGUGUUCCAGCAGAAGGCUCAUCGGCUCAACGUCGAAAUGAACCACAUCCUCGGGAACGAUGAGAUCCGCCUUCUAGACAUAGAUGCUCUCUGCAUGGAGAACAGGUAUUUACAUGAGCGGCUGAGUCAGUUUCAAGAGGAGGUCAGCCUUCUUAAAAGUAACCUGGUAAAGUACAAGAGUGCUCUGGAGAGCAGGAAGAAUUCUAAAAUCAGUGGCAAACCCAACAGUAGCGCUCUGACUGGAGUGCUUUCUGCCAAACAAGUGAAGGAGCUGUUGCUGUCGGAGGAAAACGGCUGCAGUUUGCCYGUCACUCCUCAGUCCAUCUCAGACCUGAAGUCUUUGGCUACGGCUCUGCUGGAAACUAUCCACGAGAAGAACAUGGUGAUCCAGCACCAACGGCAAAUCAACAAGAUUCUUGGAAAUCGAGUAGCAGAGCUGGAGAAGAAGCUAAAAACGCUUGAGAUGUCAGGAUUAUGGAGCCUUCCAGGCCUGACUUAUAAUGUGUCUCUUGGAGUGUUUGGAAGAGGAAAAGACACCAUCAUCCUGAACACACACAAACCUGAACAAGCUGGAUCUCCUGGACAGGAAGGUGUAAGCGCUCCUGAAAGCGCUCCAGAUGCUCCGCAAACCACUCCAAACCAAGUCGGCGAAACGCUGGUCGUGUCCGACGUUCAGACAGACGCUCCGUCGUCGCCAUCAGACGUGGAGACGUCGCAGCAGAACUCUUCACAGCAGCCGGCUGAGGAAGCGCCAGCUGACCCUCGAACCGAAGCAGCAAACGGUGAAGAGUUUCACCAAAGCGAUCAGUCACAAACCAUAAAGGAUUGUGCUGAUUUGUCAGCAGAAGACAAAUGCRUGAGGGACUCGGCUCCUGAUGCAACACAUCUGAACAAACGUCAUCCGUCGUCAGAUCUCUGCCAACCGUCRGAGAGCUCCGAGCCAAUCAGGAGAGAAGAGGACGAGUCUGGAGAGUACAAUGGAGGGCUGGAAACUAGUGAGACAGAGUCCUUCAUAAAAGAUGACAGUAAUGUAGUUCUACCUAUGACUGAAUGGCAGCAGGAGGUCGUCCUGUUAAAACAGGAAGUAGACGUUUCUAACAGCCUGGACUCAUAGAGCCUAUCACGAGUUGUGUCGUAGCGUUUAGAGAAGCAGACACGACUGCUCCAGUGUCUCCUGUAGCUCCACCUUUUAAAACCAAUCAGAUUCUGCCUCCAGGACAUCCAGACAACACAUCUGUGUUUGAUUAGUGAACAGCACGUUUCAUAACCAUAGCCUCAAAUAUACUGCUGUAACAGCCUCUCACUUCUGGCUGCUGGUUUUAUCUAUCAAUGUAUAAAAGGGAAAAAAAAAAAAGGAGAACAAGAGAUUUACUGAUUUAAACAAAUCAUUGGAGAAGCUGAUUUUAACAGAAAAAUCAGAUCCCUUUACAGUAUUUAACUAAAGCUUUUUAUGAACUUUUGUUUCUCAUUGAACAAUGAACAAAAGGAUGUUAAGUUAUUUAAAAUUGGUAUAUUUGCCAGAAACUUUGAAUUUCUGUAAGUAUUACCCAAGAAAAUCUCCAAGAAACUUCCUAAAUCUUGACACCAUGUUAACACAUUCACCUACCAAGCUGUUUCAGCAAGGCACAAUUUUCUAUUUUCAUACAAAACGUGCACACCUAGCAGUCUUUUUAUUAGAUCUUGUGUGGUAUUGUUUAAUCURUUUUUUUUCCAAAGCCAGUUUUGUCAAGUUUUAAAAAUUAUAGUCAUAGAAGUUAUUUUCACAUAUGUGUCGGUACUGCUUCACCAGUUAUUUCAUUAAAUAUAUUGAAUAAUCUUG